AUGGUCCACUUUGUCCCUACAAACUCGGACCUAUCUGGCAAGACUUACAUUAUCACUGGUGCAAACGCUGGUAUUGGCAAAGAGGCUGCACGAUGGAUUGCCGCUCACAAGGCAGCCAAAAUCAUCAUGGCUGUACGAACUCCUGCCAAAGCUGAGGCCGCAAAGAACGAAAUCAUAUCAAAAACUGGUGUAGAUCCCAAUGUCAUUGAAAUCCGCAAACUGGAUUUGGCUAGCUUGGCGUCUGUGCGAGAGUUUGCUGCCGGAAUCGUCAGUGACAAGAGGCCUGUUGACGUGCUAAUCAACAACGCUGGAAUGACAAACGCACUUGGACCACAACGAAAGACCAGCGAUGGUUUCGAUGAGACAUUCCAGAGCAACCAUUUAGGUCACUUCUUGUUGACUUUGCUCCUAAUACCUGUACUGGCUGAAACUGCUAAAGGCAAACCAGCUGGAUCAGUUCGUAUUGCUAACGUCUCGUCGGAUCUACACUUUAGGGGUAAAGUGGAUUUAGGAAACCUGAAUGGUGAAAAGAAGCCCAUCAAUGGCAAUGUUCAAUAUUGCAAUACCAAACUCAUGAAUGUGCUCUUUACUCGGGAAUUGGCUCAGCGAUUGGAGAAACAUAACUUGAACAUUACCACAACCUCCCCUCAACCUGGAUUCACAAUAUCAGACCUAGGCUCAGACCGUACAUCAUCCAACGGAUUCCUAUACGGCAUAUUCACCACAGUACGAAACCUCGUUGGACGAACCACCGAGCAAGGAACCGCCACGAUCAUAGAAGCUGCUACUGCACCAGCUGCUGGUAAAACCAAUGGUGCCUACUGGACUGAUAUGAAGGCAUAUCCAGCACAUAAAGAUGCUGAUAAUGCAGAUUUGAGGAAGAGGUUUUGGGAUGUGUCGGUGAAGAUGGCUGGAUUGGAGGCUGAUCCUUUGCCAUAA